AUGGAUUCCAUGAAGGGACAAGGAGGGAUUCAGAUGCUGUUGACUGCGGAACAAGAGGCUCAACAGAUCAUUUCGAGUGCUAAGAAUCUGAAAAACACGAGAUUGAAACAAGCGAAGGAAGAAGCGGAAAAGGAUGUCGCAACAUAUCGAUCACAUCUAGAGGCUGAGUACCAGAAGAGGAUUGCUGAGACGGGCGGGGCGUCUGGAGCAAAUGUACAAAGGCUCGAAGAAGAAACAGACAUGAAAAUCCAGAACUUGAAAGGAUCGGCUUCGACAGUCUCCGAGGAUAUAACUGGGAUGUUGAUCAAGUACGUUACAACAGUGAAGGUGUAA